CAGAAGUUGACAAUGUGACGCCCACACAUCAGAGGUUCCCUCUACACUAUAUAAAUGAAACUGAUGGACUGUCAAACCCUCAUCAACAGAAUUGACAACAUGCAAAUCAUCAGCAUGCCCCUUUUCCUGGUCCUGUUCCUGCUUUCCGGUGUCCUUUGCGGGACUUCUGCUGUGGAAUCCGUUCCCAAGUACGAGCACGUAGACCCGUCCACCGGGGAAAUUCUCACCUGUGACAAGUGUCCACCAGGCACUCACAUGGCCGCCCACUGCACAGCCACCACUCCCACCAAGUGCGCGCCAUGCAAAGCCGACCACUACACCGAGCUGUGGAACUACCUGCCCAGGUGCCUGUACUGCAACAACUUCUGCUUUGAUAACCAGGAGGUGGAGAAGGAGUGCUCCGCGGUUAACAACAGGGUCUGCCGGUGCAAAGAGGGCUUCUACAAGACCUAUGACUUCUGUAUGAAACACUCAGAGUGUGGGACCGGACAAGGUGUUUUUACCAGAGGUACGUCGCAAAUGGACACUGUUUGUGAACUGUGUGCCGAGGGUUACUUUUCCAGCUCAUCUUCUGCGCUGGAUUCGUGCGUAAGGCACCAGGAAUGCGCAAGCGGAGAGCUUGCGCUCCUUAACGGCACAUCUGACCAAGAUACAUUGUGUGGCACCUGCCAGAAUAUUGCAAAUGGAGGUGCGACGUCCAGGGCAUUCUUCUCGGGAUUUUUCGGUAUGCACAGGAUGCGUGUGGCAAAAAUGAAGAAAUUUGUCUCUAGGUACAUUAGGUCAGGACAGGACAGGCGCAUCCGGGAUACGGUUCUCCCCAAACAGAGAGGUCCUCUCCUGGAUCAAAUCAAAGCUUGGCUGAACGAGGCUUCUUUGGAGCAGCUGAAAAAACUGCCUGAGAUGCUGAGGGCUACACAACUCACCGUCAUGGCAGAUAAACUAGAGAAGAGACUCAGUGAGAUUCAGCAGCAGACCUCAAACUGUACUUUAGCUUAACACUGAUGAGAGCAGUACAGUAAAGAACAAAUACCUCUUUUUUCUUAAUUUGAAUGUUCGCCCACUGGAAAACAAGUGUAUUUGAAAGAUGGAUAUAACUUGAACAAGACAUUGCAGCAUCACUCAGGUGUUAUAUAUAGAGCAUAUUUAAUGUUGAAUUAAAUGUUAUCACAGAGAUUUAUGAUGUUUGAUAUGCGACUGAAAACCGUUACUUGUGACUUGCGGCAGCUAAAUAAAGUACAUUUUAUAUCUGAAAUGGUCUUAACUGUCUACAU